UUUCUUUCAUUUUCUACUACAGAAUUCUUAUAUUUUUCAGAGUCAUUAGUAUCUUAAUAAACAUAGAUUUAGUAAUUUUUUUUUCAUGGCUUCAUCAGCUAUGGUUCAUAACCAGUGCUCUCUAUCACCACACUCCCCAAAAUGUUACUACAUGAACCAAACCCCAGCUCUCACCCACUCUCAGUUCCUGUCUUCCACAUCCUUUUUAGGGUUAAAGAGAAAAACCCUUUCCUCAAGUAUCAAAUUCAAUAAGCCUUUGUCACCAAAACCCCUGGUUUAUGCGCUGCAGUCCAACUUCUUUAAGGUUCUUCAAACAGCAUGGAAGGUUGGGAAAGAUGGAAUUGAAGCUGGAACCAAUCUGGUGCCAGACGCUGUACCAAGGCCAAUAGCAAGGGUCUCUGUGACAAUAGUUGCUUUGACUGUUACACUUUUUGUCCUCAAGUCAUUCUUGUCAACAGCUUUCUUUGCACUGGCCACAAUGGGACUCGUGUAUUUCAUAUUUAUUGCCUUGAAUAAAGAUCGAGGGCCAAGAGGAGGCAGUGGCACUGAAUCCAUGGAAGACCCUGUGGAGGAAGCAAGAAAAAUAAUGGAAAAGUACAAAUGACAACAGCAAUAUCAAGAUAAUUCGUGAUCAUCCAAAUUUUGUAUUACACCUGUCCUAUGCAAAUUUGUGGGUAUGCACUGUAAAGAAGGAAUGAACUAAGCUGAACAAGAAUAUUCAAAGUCGAGAAGGAAUGGAAUUAAUCAUUUCAUCAGUUUGGUACAGUUCCUACAGAAGGCAGAAUGACAUAUUAUUUCCAUGUAAAUGAUGGUAUAGAAAAGCUAGUUUUUAUAGAAACUGGUGUUGAACAGAAUUGGUUUAAGGUACAUGUAAAAGUGAGGACAACACAUUCUUAUUGCGAAUGAGCAAGACAAGAUCAAAACCA